CGCUACCCUGUCACCCUAGUGAUCUACAACCGAUGAAAGAAGUGAAAAUCGCAUUUACGCCGUGAUUAGACACGGAAAUCGGUCAGUGUAAAUCAUCACGACUGUGAUUCGAGCCGUCUACCACACAAGCGUCCAUCACUGACAUGAAGACAACAGCUAAAAAAAUUUCUAGGAUACUUCUUCUAUCCAUACUAAUUGUUUCUCAGAUAGACGGUGAUGGUCGGAUUCGAGUGAAAUUCACUCGGCUGGUCAACACCCUCGCUGUGAGACUCUACAACGAUCAAUGCUGCGAAGGAUUGCUGCCGUUUUGUUCUCGCAGCUGUCGCAAUCACUUCGAGUUAUGCAUUAAAGGAGAAGUGAACGGAUCCUGCGUAGAAACGUUUCGCAGCCAAACCUUCGACUACCCGCCAGGCACCAUCGUCUGGGGCACCAUAGAUUUCAAUAAUACAGAAGCUGUUUUUAAUCUAACUGUCAAUGGUUCAGCUCCGAUGAAAGUUUAUGUCACUCUAGAUGUUGUAGACAUCACGGAUGAGCUCAUCGACCGAUUUCUGACGUCACUGAACGUCAGCAAAGCGAGUCAGACGACCACUUUGACGGGAACGCGAACACUACAACAGCCACUCGCUCUGACUCUUCAGUGGCAGUUGCUCUGUGACGACGACUGGUACGAUAGUGACUGUGGGACGUACUGUCUUGCACAGAACACGACGCAUGCUCAUUACACUUGUAACACCACAACAGGCAACAAGAUAUGCAAUGCCGGUUACGAACAUCCAUCUAGAAACUGUUCAGACGAGAUCAAUAUUUGUUCGUCUAAUCCAUGUCUUAAUGGCGGUAUUUGUCAUUACUGUGGCUACUACUACGGCUGCACUUGUCUGAAAGGAUUUGUUGGAGAGUUCUGUAACAGCACGGAAGCAGUUGUGCCGUAUAAAUGUCAAGAAAGUCAGAACAGCUCUACUCCAGUAUUUUCUGCGCAAUUAGCCGAUUCCGCAAAUACAGAGGAGGAAGCAACGAAUGUUUGUGAAGACGCCCACGUGUCCGUUACAACAUUUGCUCUUUCAGUUCCACUAACUGGAGUUGCAUCAGUAAUUCUUAUACUUCUUUUACAAAAACUCUUAUCGCCGGGACGUUGACUCAAGCAUAG